AUGGAACUCUGUGCGUGUAAAGAUGUGAGGCAUAAAAGCAUAGAAGAGUGUGUGUUUGCGCCUUACUUGCCAGCGAACAAACCGGAGAAGUACGCUACAUUGUGUAAGGAGUUUGACAUUAGCAAGCUGGCAAAACAUCUCAUGGGUAUCGAGCCUAGCCUAAGGCAUCUUUAUUUCCAUGCAGAAGCCCAUCUCCGUGACCCGGUCAUGGGCAUAACUGGUUUGAUUCUCCACCUCCAGCGUCAAGUUCAAGACCUUAAGGCUGAACUGAAAAUCGCAAAGAGAGACUAUAUGAUGAUUUUAGAAGAGAACCAUCGCCAUCAGCAUUUAAUGAUAAGAUCGCCUCUUUGA